GUGAUGGAGAACAGGACAGAGGUGACAGAGUUCCUCCUGCUGGGGCUGACCCAUGACCCACGCCUGCAGCUUCCCCUCCUCAUUACCUUCCUCCUUGUCUACACCAUCACUGUGCUUGGGAACCUGGGGAUGAUCCUGCUGAUCCUCCUGGACUCUCAUCUGCACACCCCCAUGUACUUCUUCCUGGGGAACCUGUCUCUGGUGGAUUUCUGUUACUCUUCAGCUGUCACUCCCACGGCUGUGGCUGGCCUCCUUAUUGGAAACCAGGUCAUUUCCUACAAUGCUUGUGCUGCUCAGAUGUUCUUUUUUACAGCAUUUGCUACUGUGGAAAAUUACCUCCUGGCCUCCAUGGCCUAUGACCGCUAUGCUGCAGUGUGCAAACCCCUGCAUUACACCACCACCAUGACCACAAGGGUGUGUGCAGGUCUCAUCAUUAGUUGCUAUGUCUGUGCUUUUCUGAGUGCCUCUUUCUACACUGGGGACACAUUUAGUCUCUCUUUCUGCAAAUUCAAUGCAAUCCACCAUUUUUUCUGUGAUAUUCCAGUGGUCAUGGCUCUUUCUUGUUCUGACAGAUAUGUUAAUGAGCUGGCCCUUAUUGAUGUAGCCAGCUUUGUUAUCUUGUUAGCCCUCCUAAUUAUCUUAAUAUCCUACAUAUUCAUUGUUAUCUCUAUCCUAAAGAUGCGCUCAGGGGCAGGACAUCGCAAGGCUUUGUCCACCUGUGCCUCCCACUUUAUUGCAGUGUCCAUCUUCUAUGGGACUACGAUCUUCAUGUACCUACAGCCCAGCUCCAGUCACUCCAUGGACACUGACAAAAUCGCCUCUGUGUUCUACACUAUGGUCGUUCCCAUGCUGAACCCCAUGGUCUACAGCCUGAGGAACAAGGAGGUGAAGAAUGCAUUCACAAAGGUUGUUCUGAAGGCAAAAUAA